AGCGUUAGAGAGAGGGGUUCACUGGGAAAUGGGGGUUUGGGGAAUGCGGCUCAGAGUUGCCCUCAGCCUAACAUCGCUGCUGCUCCUCCUCUGUCGAUUGCCGGGCUCUGGGUCUACCCAGCUGUCCGUCAGUUUUUCUCUUUGAACAUGACUAUUUUGAGCCUCACCUGGACAGAGCUAGGAACAGCCAUUUCUUUUCCUGGAGCUAUGCCCACCACCUGACAUCCCACCCCCUCCAACCUCCUCAGGGAUGGGGGCUCCACAAAGGAUGGGACCCUAGGACCUGGGAAAUGGGCAGUAGUGUGUGAAACAAAGGCCGGUGCUGGGUACACAGUGCCCUUUGUCACUGAUGGGGUGCUUCAGAUUAGCAGGGAGAAGGCAUGGGUGUGGGGUGGGGAAGGUGGGCAGGCGCUCCUGGGUCAGACCUGCUGGGAAAGCCACAUGAUGGGGAGCCUUAAGUUGCCCCUUACACCCAGAAGACAAAAUGCUGUUUGCUUGCUUGCUUUCUCCUUCAUCCUGGAUCCCAAUACGCAUUCCACUUGUUUCUUCCAAUUUUUUGAAAAAGGGAGACUGAGGCAGAGGACAGACUGCCUGGAGAUACUCAAGUCUAGGAGGGAAGGGUGGUGUAAGACACACUGAAUUUGAAGCAAAAACAAAACAAAACAAACAAAAAAACCCCCAAAAACCUGUUCUAGGCUAGCAUUAGUGAUCUGUGGAUGACCUUGGGCCAAAAUGUGCCCCUCUUGUUUGGUUCUCAGCUUUCUUAUCCACAAAAUGGGACAGGGCCUAUCUCACAAUUUUCCAAGACCAGAUGUGUCCAAAAGAGCUUUGUAAAAGGGAACAUACUAGACACCUGUGAGUUGAAGCUUUUGCCACUUCCCUGCCUUCACCAAGGAUAUCCUAACCCAUAGGGCAACUUUGCAAGAAUUUGAAAAAGUACCUCUUCCAGAAGGUAUUCAGCUGGGCUAUCGGGUUGAGGUCUUUAUUAUGAGAAUUAAAAGGUGUCACACUUUACCCCAGGUGCUGCUUCAACAGUUGGGCUCCUGCCAACCCUCAGGUGAACAUACUGGUGCAGGACUCAGGUGCACUUGGAAACUCUUCUCAGCAGGUCCAGGGCAUCUCUCUAAGACACAAAGCUUCACAUACUUCCCAGAGAUGUCCACAUCCACGCUUUCUCCAGCUUAUCUUUGCUGUUUUGCCUCCACUUCAGGUCCUUUGGGUCUUCAAGCCCCAAAGCCUACUUCAGAGUAUGAUGGAAUUCCACCUUCAAAGAGACUCCUGUGAAUUAAGCAAUCCCAUCACCAGGAUCUCAGGCUUACAGUAACUGAGUCCUUGACCAAUUAUGUCAAGAACUCGAUCAGAUUGCUUUUCCCAGGGCCAAGUACAGAAGCAUCUGCACACCUGGUCAGCACUGUCAUACAAACCAUGUUCACAACUGCUAUCUCAGAGUGCCCUCACCACAAGCCUGUGUGAGACCCUCUACCAUUUACAGAGGAAGCCAUGCCCAGAGAGGUUAAGAAACUGGCUUUAAGGUUUUGAAGCAUGUUAGUGGCAGAGCCAGAACCUGAGCCUAAAUCUCUGUAUCUGUCCACCUCAUUCCCCCACCAGUAAAGAACAAAGCUGAUGACCUCAGUGUUUUGCCAAAGCCCUACUGGAAUUUUAUUCUCCCUCUUUAUCCCCAGCCACCACUGGCUCUCCUUCUCAGGGAUCAGCCUCCAAGCAAGGGGGGUCACCUCCCCUUCUCUGAUUUCAUAAGGAGGGAGCUACUUCAAAGCCCAACUGUGCAGGAAGGAUCCCUGGAGAGUUCAGAGAUCCUGUGUGAGAGCUGACCCUUGAGUGGGUCAGAGGCCAGGAAAGGGAUCAGGGAGCAGCUAUUUCCUUUCCUGCCCAGAUGGGACUUAAAACACUAACUCUUAUGGAGGGCACUGACACAGAACCAGUGUCUGCUGUGAAGGACAGGCCAAGGACCAGAGAAGAGCCACAAGAAAACUGAUGGGAAUGCAAAAGAUCCACUGAGCACACCCCUCCUCCACGUUCACCAGGGGCCCCUGAGUGCGAGGGGAGUGCUGAGGGGGAGGAGAAGGGUGAACCUGGCAAAUGGAGUUGUGGGCUUCUUCAUCCGGGGUAUUUUUGCUUGUUUAUGCUGUAUGAGUAACAAUUUUCACUUCAGAAAGGAGUUUCCAUUCUUAUAAAAACAAAAGCCAAACAAAAGAGGAACUGGAGAGUCACUGACCUCCAAGGAUUCUGGUAGUGUGGUCCUUGAACCCGUUGCUUCUGUAUCUUGAGAGAAACUGUUAUGGUCAUGCAAAUCCUCAGGCCCCAUCCCAGACCUCCCGAAUAAACUCCGGGAGGCAGGACCCAACUCCAUGAGCUGUAGUAAGCCCGUCAGGUGACAUGGAGACACCGUAAAGUUUGAAAAGCAGAGCCUAAGUGUACAGGAAAUCAAAGAGCAAGCUGAGGGGCAAGGGCAGGGCUAAGGAAGAGAAACCAUGUCCCCUAGUCCUGAAGGGCUAAGCAUUUGGAGGUCCCUGUCUGACUCUCUUCUCCUGGCCCUCUUCUCCCCUCCCAGGCGCCAUGCUGUGGCUCCUACUGGGCCUGCUGGGCCCGGCAGUCUGCUGGGCACUGGGCCCAGCUCCAGGCCCCAACUCCUCCGAGCUGCGCUCAGCCUUCUCGGCUGCACGUACCACCCCACUGGAGGGCACGUCGGAAAUGGCUGUCACCUUCGACAAGGUGUACGUGAACAUCGGGGGAGACUUCGACGCGGCCACGGGGCAGUUCCGCUGCCGCGUGCCGGGUGCCUACUUCUUCUCCUUCACGGCUGGCAAGGCCCCGCACAAGAGCCUGUCGGUGAUGCUGGUGCGCAACCGCGACGAGGUGCAGGCGCUGGCCUUCGACGAGCAGCGGCGGCCCGGCGCGCGGCGCGCGGCCAGCCAGAGCGCCAUGCUGCAGCUCGACUACGGCGACACGGUGUGGCUGCGGCUGCACGGCUCGCCGCAGUACGCGCUGGGCUCACCCGGCGCCACCUUCAGCGGCUACCUGGUGUACGCCGACGCCGACGCGCCUGCGCACGGGCCGCCCUCGCCCCCCGAGCCGCGCUCGGCCUUCUCGGUGGCGCGCACGCGCAGCCUCGUGGGCUCGGACGCGAGCCCGGGACCGCGGCACCGGCCGCUGGUCUUCGACACGGAGUUCGUCAACAUCGGUGGCGACUUCGACGCGGAGGCCGGCGUGUUCCGCUGCCGCCUACCCGGUGCCUACUUCUUCUCCUUCACGCUGGGCAAGCUGCCCCGCAAGACGCUGUCGGUGAAGUUGAUGAAGAACCGGGACGAGGUGCAGGCCAUGAUUUACGACGACGGUGCGUCGCGGCGCCGCGAGAUGCAGAGCCAGAGCGUGAUGCUGGCGCUGCGGCGCGGCGAUGCUGUCUGGCUACUCAGCCACGACCACGACGGCUACGGCGCCUACAGCAACCACGGCAAGUACAUCACCUUCUCUGGUUUCCUGGUGUACCCCGACCUCUCCCCUGCCGGCCCGCCGGGCCUAGGGCCUCCGGAGCUCUGAGCCCUCACCCGAAAGGAGCCCGGGAGGGCCAGGGGCGUGCAUGCCGAGCCGGGACCGCCGCCCGAGCGCCCCGCUGGCGCGAGCAUGAUGGCCUGCCCGGGGCGGCUGGACUCUGCCAAUAAAGUGAGCCUGCGCCGGUCAGCCCGAGGGUCUUGCGCUCUGU